CGCGUUCGGGAGUUCUUCUCUCGUCCUUCCAGCACAGCCCUGUAGAUGUCUUGAACACUAUCUCUUCGAUGGCUUCGCGAAAAGAGAAUAAAUGUCCAUGCCUGUUGGAUCGACUAUUGCGCACUCCGUUGCCGUUCGGCAGAACCUUAAACAUCACCAAAGCACGGUCGGUUUCCGCCGCGCUUUCCGAGUCAAACUGGAUGUGACCUCGGUCGUGGAGAACUUUGGUGGAGUCCAGCGUUUGACCUUUUUUCUUGCACACGAACACCAACUUGAAGGAUCGCUAUUUUCCACCAAACAAGAGCCGCCAAAUGUCUCAUUAUUUGAUAUUCUGCGACAAUUCUACGUUGCCAAUCUCGUAAGGCGUGUUCUUCUGACGUUGCUUCUUCGACAGCUUUCGCCGACGACGGCGACCGGACCGUUUUGGACGAAGAACGAAUCAUUACUCGCGAUCCUUUCGGCCUCGAAAGCCAAAGAGGGGUCAUUCAUGUCUUGGAUAAGGAUGUCGCGGACUCGCGGUGGAGGAGGGAGGCGUCUUGGUUGACACACUAUCAUCUCCAAGGACCGAUUAGGGGCGCUUGUUGUCGAACAGCCCUCUUCUGGAGUCGCCUUUCUGUUUUCGUCUUUGGAGGAGUCAACAUACACGUGGCUUCCGGAUUCCGAGAUCAGCGUCUUGUGCAGGCGGUCGUCAUAUGACACGAUGAGCCUCGCUGUCGUGGCUUG